UCCCCUUCCCGCACUGACGGGCUGACUGGAAAUCGAAAGUGAAAAGAGCUGCCACCAAGGCCAAGUCCCCAGUACGGCUUGCGUCUGCCUGGCUCCACCAAGGGACCCCAGCCUACCCUGAGGGGCCCCUCUGUCCUGCUCCAGAUCUGAAGAGCCACUUCCACCCUGUCAGUGGAGACCUCAGUCCCUUUUCCUUCUCAACUCUCCCGAAGUCCCCCAGCUUCUGCCUGGCCCACCUGCCUGGGAGGGGGCUUGGCUGAAAAGUCACCGGGAAGGAGCUAGCAGAGGUAAGAGCCCCAGGCCACCACAAGAGCUCACUGAGCUGCAUUCCCCAUGGCCUCAGAAACGGCCUUGGUGAAGAUGUGGGAGGAGGUCACAUGUCCUAUCUGCCUGGACCCCAUGGAGAAGCCUGUGAGCAUCGAAUGUGGCCACAGCUUCUGCCAGGAAUGCAUCUCCGAGGUGGGGAAAGACAUGGGUGGCGUCUGCCCUGUGUGCCGGCACAAAUUCUUGGUCAGAAACCUCCGGCCCAACCUGCAGCUCGCCAACUUGAUGGACAACCUUAGACAGAUGGGCCAGAAUACCAAGGAGGGCACGCAGGGGGAGAAGUGCGGCGUGCAUGGAGAGACGCUUCACCUGUUCUGUAAGGAAGAUGGAAAGGCCCUUUGCUGGGUGUGUUCCAAGUCCCGGAAACACCGUAACCACCUCCUGGUCCCGAUAGAGGAGGCUGUUCUUGAGUACCAGGAGAAGCUGCAGACAGCAUUAGUGAAACUGAGAAAAGAGCAGGAGUUGACUGAGAAGUUGGAAGUGGACAUCACAACCGAGAAAGCAGCUUGGAAGAGGAAAGUAGAGACACACAAAUUGAGGAUUCAUGCAGAGUUUGAGCAGCAGAAAAAUUUCCUGACUAAGGAGGAACAUCGGCAACUGCAGAAGCUCGAGCAGACUGAGAGGGAACAGCUGAGGAUCCUGGGGCAGAAAGAGAUUGAGCUGACCCAGCAGAGGGAGGCCCUGCAGGAGCUCAUCUCAGAACUGGAGAGGCGGAGUCGAGGCUCAGCGCUGGAACUGCUGCAGGAGGUGAAAAAUGUUCUAGAAAGGAGUGAGUCCUGGAGCCUGAAGGAGCUGGACAUUGCCUCCCCAGACCUGAGGAACGUGUGCCAUGUGCCAGGGCGGAAGGACAUGCUGAGGACGUGUGGAGUGCACAUCACCCUGGAUUCACACACGGCCCACUCAUUACUCAUUAUUUCGAAGGAUCAGAGACAAGUGAGGCUUGGGGAGACCCCACAAGCAGUGCCUGAGAAUGAGAAGAGAUUUGAUAGUUAUCCCAUAGUUCUGGGUGUCCAAUGCUUUGAUUCUGGAAAACUUUACUGGGAGGUGGAUGUGACAGAAAAGGAUGCCUGGGACCUGGGGGUUUGUAGAGACUCCGUGAAGAGGAAGGGAAAUUUUUCACUGAGUCCCGAGAAUGGCUUCUGGACAAUUUGGUUAUGGAACGAGCAUUAUGAGGCUGGUACCUCCCCCUCAACUUCCCUCCACCUUCAAGUACCUCCAUGCCAGGUUGGGAUCUUCCUGGACUGUGAGACCAGCACAGUCUCCUUCUACAACAUUACUGACCACGGCUCCCUCAUCUAUAGUUUCCAUGAAUGUGACUUUGCUGGACCUGUGCGGCCCUUCUUCAAUACUGGUUUCAAUGAUAAAGGAAGAAAUGCAGCACCUCUGACCCUCUGUCCACUGAGGGUGUGAUGGUCGUGGUCCACUGCCUGCUGUGGCCCUUUCUACACACUGAUACCCUCUCUGUUGGCACCCUUCAUUGCUACAGCAUUCUUCCAUGAGAUAAACUUUUAGAUGGGUUUGGAGCUAAUAUAUCAAGCAAAACAUGUUUCUGCCUUCUUUAUAUGACUCAAGUUUUGGGUGGUUUUUUGUUUUGUUUUGGUCCUUUCCAUCUCCUGUACUUUGGCAUGGUUUGCAAAAGGUCUUCCUAGAUACAGAGGGCUUCAAAUCAAUCCUUGUCUUGUUCUUGUACACAUUUAGGAUCGUCCUUCUAACAUGUACACAUCUGAUCAUAAGUGAUAUGAUCAGUCGUGAUCAGGUGGCUGUUAGAGUAUAGUUGGAGGCUCUGGGAACUGCCUAAAGAGUUCUGAUUUAACAAUGAGGGCACUCCUUAUUUAGGAAGACAGAGGCCUCCUCGGGCUGGCCUAGCUCUCUGGUCCACAACUCUGACCCUCACAGUCCUGAGAUGCCUGGUGUUGGUGUGUUCAAUAGCUUGACCAGUAACAAUGUUCAAGUACCUGAAACUCUGACCAAGAAAGGUCCAGGCUUAAUGCCCAUCCCUAAUUUCAGUGUUCUUUUCAGCAAAUGGCAAAUUCCUGCUCCCCUGGGCACACAAUUCUGAUAUCAUUCCUUCUGAAAUUUCUUUCUUAUGGAAAUACUGACUUUUGCUGAUUAAAUGUUGCCUCCAUUAAAAAAAUAGAGGAAGGGGGUGUGAAUGCAGUAUUGGUAACCAACAGCCUGGAAUUGAAAACUGAAAGGGCCUAUGUUCAGAGAAGCAGUAAGCUCUGGAGAUCAGAAAAACUCCUUUCAAAGGAUGCAAACAGGAUUACUUGCGUUGGGACCCAGAGGAGAGGUAGCAGUUGAAGUUUACGGACUGUGAAUGAGUUUCAUUUCUUGAGCCUGAGGAAUUGCUAAGAAGGCAGGAGCCAGCUGGAACUCACUCUGGGAAAAACACACUGGCAAGUGCCAUUUAUUAUAUAUAUAUAUCUCCCUGGCAUGAUAUGACCAGCAGAAGUGGAAGCUAAAGUUAGCUAGCACACAUAGCCAAAAUUAAGCCACAGGAAGGCUCGUGCAUAUACCUGAUGGCAGCUUUGCUGAGCCACCCAGCCCUGUGCAUUCACACUACAACAAUAUUCCUUAAGCUGAGGCAAGAAAGCAACAUCCUAGGCUCAUUAAAACAUAAUGUAUGCCUGCCUCAUUUGCUACAGCAUUGAUCAACAGCAUUGAUCACCAAGCACAGACAGAGGAACCUGUAUUUCUGGGCACCACUAGACAGUAACAAUGGAAGAGACUGUUCUUGACAGCUACCCCAGGGCACUGAAGAGGCUCAUGGAACCAAUACAGAGAAAUAAACACUAGGAAAGCAAAAUGGGAAAACAGGAAUACUUUUCAAACAAGAGAAUAAGACACACAAGCAUAAAUCUUAGGCCCUAAAAAACAUACCAGAGGGGAAGAGGAAGGAGGAUGGGAGCAAUGGAUAAAGGGGGUCAAUUUGAUUUGAUAUGAAAGCAAUAGAACAUCAGUGGUGAAUAUAGUAAGGUAUAUACACCCAGAGGUGUGAAGCUGUACUCCCAAAUUUAGAGUUUUGUAAACAAAUGGUAAAUCAAUAAAGUGUGAUUAAAAAUAAAAGCCAUGGAGAAAAACUUCAAUGAACUGGAUAUAAGUAGUUGAUCUAAUAGAUUUCAAAGUAAUGGCCAUAAAGAUGAUCACUGAUCUCAGAAGAAUGGGUGAACAAAAUAAGACCUCCAAAGAUGACAAAGACUAGAGAAGAAAUUUCCUAACAAUUUAUAAGUUGAAGAAUACAAAAACAACUAAAAAUACAUUGCAGGGCUUAUACCCAAACUCGAGAAACAGAAAUAGACGUGCAAAUUAGAAGAUAAAGUAAUGGAACUCACACAGAACAGCUAAUAGAAACAUGAAUUUUAAAAAACUUUCUUUUAGAAAAAUACCGGAUGGUCUCACUCAUAGCAGGAAUUUAGAAAACCUAAAUAAGGGACCAGGAAAAAAACUAAUACAACGUAAAAAGCAAAAUCAACAAGCAACUCUAAA